AUGUCUCAAGGAAGGAAAGGUUUAAGAAACAAAAAGAACGAAGAAGAUGUGGAAGUGGAAGAAAAUGUGGAAGUGGACGGAGAAACUCAGCAGGCGGAACAAGAGCAGAGUGUAGCUCCAGUUCUACAAGAGACAACAGGAAUAACACAAGAACAAGAGGAAAAUGUCAAUAUGACAGCAUUGAUAGUAUACAUAAAUAGUUUAAAACAUAAAUUAAGAUCAGUGAAUAAUAUUAAUGAUAUAAAAGAUUAUAUUAGAAUGACAUUAAGUGACAAUGCAGCAACCUGGUUUGCCAGCAUUGAAAACGAUUUAGAUAAUCUGCAAACAUUUGAAAAUAAAUUCUUAAAUUAUUAUUGGGGUGAAUUAGAACAAGCUAGAUUUAGGGAAGUUUUAUAUUUUGGAAAGUAUAAUCGCAAUUUAAGUUUAAAUACGGUAGAUUAUGCUUUAAAAUUAAUAACUGUUGCAAAAUAUUUAGAACCACCACUUAGAGAAGACGAAACAGUUUUGAACGUUUCUAGACACUUUGAUGCGGACGUUGUGCAAACAGUCACAGUACAAAACAUUCAAACAGUAGACAGUUUUAUUAACUUUAUUCAAAGAGUACAAAGAGGUUAUAUUACAAGUAAUAAUAGUAAAAAUAGACAAUCAUAUAACAAUAAUAGGUACGGUAGUAAUUCUCAAAAUUUUAAUAACAAUAAUACUAGUUAUGAGAGACAAGGUAAUAGAGAGAAUUUUAAUAAUAAUACUAAUGAUAAUAGACAAGAGAGACAAGGUAAUAGAGAGAAUUUUAAUAAUAAUAAUAAUUAUAAUAGGCAAGAUUUUAACACCAGGAGAAAUGCACAAAGAUAUAAUUACAACAGACAGGUAAAUUAUGUAAGGGGUCAGAGCUGCGAAGACAGUCAACGGAAUAGUACAUGGCAAGAAAAUAUGAAUAGUAGAAGUGAAAGCAGUGAAAGAUAUCGAGAAUUAGAUCCAAAUGAUCAGACACAAUCUGACAAUCCUAAUAAUCCAAAUUUUAUGUAG